GCCUGACGGAAACGCCACUUCCUUCCAAGUAGGUCCUUGCAGAGGGCCAGAAGAUGGCUGCCUCCUUCAAAGAGAGAUCGGCAGAGCUGCAUGAAAGCAUCACUAAUUUCCUAGGGACACGGGAGUUAGUCUUGCUUGAUGCUCAGUUCCACAUCAAAUCCAAAGUGGAGGAAAUUGUCCUGGUUUUGAUGCCUUGGCGAGCACUGGUGGUGAUGGCAAAGUUUCCUAUCAAGGUCCAAGUUAGCUUCAGCUUCCUUGCCAUGCUGUUUAUCAAAAUGAGAGAAGCUAAAAAGAUUGUCAUAGAAACUGAUACCUCUUCCUUUGAAUUUGACUUCCUGUCAUUGGAUGAUCUGGAACAUGCGGUCAUCCACAUGCUUACAUCUCUCAAGAAGGUUUUUCCAGGGUCAUCACCUGGAGAUCUACUCAAGAAUGCCCCUCCCAGCUUGCUUGCUAGAAUUCAAGAUAUAAUCGAUUCCUUGGAAGAAGCAUGGAAAGAAAGUCCUUGCGGUGGGUUCUCAGAGACGUACGCUGCCCUCUGUGAUUACAGUGGCCUUUCUUUCCAAGAAGAAAUCCAGUGGGAUGUGGAUAAUGUUUAUCAUGUCCGGGGAUGCAGAGAGUUCAAACUGCUGGAUUUCAACCACCUGCCCAGCCAGGAUAUAGCUCUUUGUGUGGCUGGUUUGUCAUUCAAUCAGUGGUUUACAAAGCUAAGUUGCAAAGACUUCAAACUGAAUCAGGAUAUUUUGGAAGAGAUCCUUCUGGCCCUCAGAAAAUCAGUGACUUUGAAAGAGUUGGAACUGGAAAAUUGUGGUUUAAAAUGUGAUUUUGCUCAGCAGAUGGCCCUUGUCCUUCAAGAAUAUACAGACUCUGCCUUAAACACCCUUAAUCUCUCUAGAAACCUCCUGGAGGAUCGAGGUAUAAUUGCUCUAAGCCAGACCUUUGAACAAAGCAUGAGGGGUUUCCAGUCCUUGAACUUUGCGAGGACUUCUAUGACUCAGAAAGGAGUGAUGGCCCUGUGUCUAUCUUUCAUCACAAAUGGACAAUUCAGAACCAGUCUGUCCCAUCUGGACCUCUCUGGAAACCCAGGGAGCUUGUUUGGUGAGGGUGGAAAUGGCUUGUUUUCCUUCCUGAGUCAGCCAAAUGCUCUGAGUCAUCUUGAUCUCUCUGGGUCAGACUGUGCUUUGGAUAUGGUCUUCAGUGCCCUGGCUGGUGGAUGCUGUAUAAACCUGACCCAUCUGAACCUAUGCAAGAAUGUUUACUCUUACAAAAAAUCCCGAGGUGAUCCUCUUGCAAUCAGCCAAUUCUUCAGCCAGGCCUCUGGCCUACAACAUGUUUCCCUGUCUGGAACCAAACUCCCAUCAGAGGCUUUAAGGGCUUUGCUUCAGGCUUUGGCCAACAACACCCAACUGAAGAACCUGCACUUGGACCUCAGCAGCUGUGAGCUGAGAUCAGCAGGAGCCCAAGUGAUCCAGGAUCUGAUUUCAGACGCUAAUUCAAUCUGUGACUUGAAUUUGUCAGACAAUGGUUUUGAUUCUGACAUGGUGACGCUGGUUUUGACCAUCAGCCGAAGCAAAUCCCUUAAGCAUGUCGCAUUAGGGAAGAACUUUAAUAUCCAAUCUAGAGAGACUUUAGUAGACACCUUACACCGGAUUGUUCAACUCACUCAGGAUGAGGACUGUUCUGUUGAAUCUGUAUCAGUGGCCGAAUCUCGCCUGAAGCUGAGAACUGGCAUUCUUCUUGAUGGCUUAGGAAGCAGCAGCCAUCUUGUGGCCUUGGAUAUCAGCGGCAAUGCCAUGGGAGACUUGGGGGCCAAAAUACUGGCCAAAGCAUUGUCAGUGAAUAAAACUCUCAGGGCACUAACGUGGGAUCGAAACAACACAACCUUAUAUGGAUUCCUUGAUGUGACCUGGGCUUUGGAAAGGAAUUUCAUCCUCAAGAAAAUGCCCUUGCCCAUGAGCGACAUUGCUGUGGCUUACCGGAGCCAUCCAGAGAAAAUGGAGGAAGUUGUGCACAAGAUGCAGUCUUACCUUGCAAGAAAUCAGAUUCAAGAGAACCUGCCCAAGGAGAAAUGCCAGCUCCAGCUAGACAGUAAAGCCAGCUCUUCUGAACAGGCAGUGAAAGAUGCUUGCCAGUCUGUGCAGAAAUACAUGGGGCUGCUGAGGAGUGUUCAGGAUGUGGAAGUUAAGGCUGAUAUACUUUGGGCCGAGGAAGCUGUCAAGGAUGCAACCCUUUCCAUGGACAUUUUGCCCAUUUUGCACAAAGCAGGGAGGUCUUCCUACCAGAACUGCAAGCUUCAGCACAAACUGGAAAACCUAAUUGAGGAGGUUUCUCAGACCUACAGCAAGGAGAUCCAGGCUGUUGUACAAUCCCAGCUGGAUGCUACCUGGAGUUUGCACCCCCAAAUCUUGCAGAAAAUGGAUUUCUGGAACCACCUAUUCUGCAGUGCACCAGAGACAGCCCUCCUGGACCAGUUGCUAACAGAGGUGUAUGACAAACUCAUGAAGAUCCAGCUGUCAAUUACUGAGGCCGUGACCAAUAGUAUCACUGAGAAGACUUUGGAGGAAUUAACCACCAUUCAAGACAGGCUGGUAGCUGCUCAACGGAGACACACCAGUUCUGUGAGUCUUCUGCCAACACCCAACCUAAAUGGUAAGACGGGGACAGCCUGCUGUCUGCCUGGCAACCCUCCACCAACCCCCCCUUUUCCUCCUCCUCCCUGCCUCCCCCUCUUCUUCGCUCUUCCAGGUCUGUCAGAACUCGGGCUGAAGGUAGGAGCCAGAGACAACAAGAUUGGGAGUCCCCAGCCUGAGCUGUCACUCAGCCGUGCCUCCGCGAAGUCACGCCCUGCUUCCACAAAGGAUGCUGAGCCUGGGAGCGGGCUGUCGCUGUGCACAGAGCCUGCAUCCGCAGAAUCCCUUAUGGACCUGCCGACUGCAGGGGAGAAAUUGGAGCAUUACACCCGAGACAGGCCCAGGCCAAACCGCAGGAACAGGCAGCCUCCCAGCAAGUCGAAUGUGCAGCCGCCUGUGCGCGAGAACACGGAAGACAGAAGCAUUGCCAGGUUGGAUGAAGGGUUAGAUGAAUUCUUCACCAAGAAGGUGAUUCAUGAAUAUUUACUCCCUGUUUCAUUGGAAACCUCUCCAACAGCAACCGCAUCAACAUCUUCUGGUUCUCGGACCUUAAAAAAGAAAAUAGGACAUUUCUUUGCCUUCAAGAAGCCAAAGUCAAGUCGGGGUGCCAAGCCAGAAAAAGAACCUGAAGGUAGUCCCUCACCAGCAAGAGGCAGGAAGCUGAUGCUCAGUGACAUUUUAAGGACCCCCAGCAAAACCAGUGAAUCAGCCAAAGUGCUAAGCAAAUCCGAGGAAGGAGGGCUGGCUGGGGAGAACAGAGGCUACCUGGAACAAAGCCAGACUCCAGACAGUGCUCGUAGGGCAAGGCCAAAGUACUCCAGGGAGGGGAAGUCCCAGUCUUUGAUACUCUUGUCAGGAGAGGAGUCAGAGGGACUUGGUGUGAGGCAUGAGAAGAAGAGAUCUUUUGAGAGGAGUGAUGGUGAGCUGCCCAGUUCCUUUGAACAGCGUGUCCAUGUCAUGCUGCAUCGGAUCGGUGUCACCAAGGUGUUAUCCUCUGAAGGCAAAAAGAAACAGAGCAAAGAUGGGGAGAUCAAGAAGGCUGGUUCUGAUGGGGAUAUCGUGGAUUGUUCUGCAGAAUCUCCUCCAUGCUCUUUGAAAUCACGGACACACUCCAUAUCCACAGAUCCUUCCGUACGCAUAGGUUCUGCUGAUGUCAUUGGCAGAGCAGGUACAGACCCGAGCGGGGGAUCCAGCGAGGGGAGGCUGUCCUGGAAAGUUCUUGGGAAGCAGCUGAAUGCAGAACUCAAGGGCAAGUGUUCAGAACUCAGCCCUUCUCCAAGAAGAGCUUUUGCCAAUCAGGAGCCUGCCAGCCCCCUCGAGCAAAAAGGGCGAGAAAGCUGGAGCAGCAGUUUGCCCAGGACUGGGAGAAGCACAGCUGCCCCUCUUCCCAUCAGGAGGACCAGCAACGCUGGAGAAGGACGGGCCUUUGUUGAACUGCAGAAUUCGUACGUUCACUUAAACACAAUGGCUGGAGACAAUCAGUUCAAACCUAAACCUCGUCUAAAGCCUGUGGUAAACCGAAGGGCCAUGUCUGUUCAUGAAGAACAGCUCAGGGACCAGGCCUGUGCAGCAGAGCUCCACCAUGCAAAAAUCCCUCUUUGUUUGCAACGCUCCCCUAUUCUGAAAUGGAAGACCAAGCCCAAGUCCCUGUUGGAGACUGGAACAUCUGCACCAUCUGACUCUCUAGGCACUCCCCCACAAGAAAGGAAUGUAGCUGCCUCCAACUCAAAAUCAAGAGCAGAAACAGAAGAAGGGUUGCCCCGAGCUUUAGAACAAACUCUAAAGAAUGCACAAAAUACAGCGUUAGACCAAAGAACUGCUGUGCCCCUCUCCAAGUCUCCAAUACAAGAGCACUGAAUGCUUCUGCAUGAUGGCAGCUCGGUGGAAGGAGAACAGAAUGAUGGCUUGAAGCAACGGCAGCAGCAAAAGCCAGCUGUGAGGGUGCAAGUUCUUCAGUACAAGGAUGAGCAAGUGCCAGGCCCUCCCAUAGCUCCUUGGCUGGAAGAGCUGGGAUUUCCAGCGAUGGAGUGGCAUUUAAUCUCCCGCACGUCUUUCUGGAUUGCCCCUUUUUCAUCCUUCAUCCUUGUAUGCGCUCAUAUAAGUGCCCAGUAUUCUAAUGGUUUGUGUGAGAAAAGCCAAAAGGUCAGUCUGCAGGAAACCGGUCAUUUCCAGCAGCAGUUGUACAGGUGGUUACAGAUGUGAAAAUGUUAUAGUGCCAGAAACUGAGAACCACCAGCAGGAGGGAUGGGGGUUAUUUUACACAAACUAAACUUGCCUGCCUUGCAUUGUAUGUUUUGGAAGUUUGAGACUAGGCUAGCUUUGUGGUUUGUAAGAAAGUUAAAAGCAGGCACUCAGUUAUAUCAGGUACAUCUGUCUCUCAUAACAAACUUCCUCCUAUGCCAUAUUUGUUCUUAAGAUCUUAUUUUCUUUGGCCAUGUCCUUUUGCAGUCUAGGAACAAAACUCAUUCUAAAGCAAACAUCUGCUGGUACCAGCUAGAGGUCUGGCAUGAACAAGGUAGGAGGAACAGUGUGCACUGUGGCAGUUUUCAGCAAGUUAAGACAAAUGAGGUCUCAGUCCCUCCAUUCCACAAUUAAAUAAUUCAAAAUCGCAA